UUAAAAUGGGUCCACAUUAUUAAUUAUUCUUAUUUUAGGUAGUGUGGUUGUGUGUGAGUUUCGAGCCAAGUUGAUAAGGCUACAAUGUGAGAAAUUUCGAAAUUUGCGUUACCUGAGAUGUUGUAGAUAAUUUGUAAUACAAUAAUAUCUCUUUUGUAUUCUAUUUACAUAUAUGUGGAGUGAGUAAGCAUCGACGAAGUAUCCAAGUGAAUUAUUUACCGUGCGGAGACCUUAAUUAUUUGGGGUUUUCUCAAGUGAGUGAAUUAAAACGUCACAUAUCGGAUGCGUGGCGGGUACUCGAAUCGAUUUUUAAUUGUGAUGUCAAAAUUGUAGAUCCAUUAGGAAGUGAGCGUUAAAACAGUGCUUCUAUAUUCAAAGAGCUGGCCGGAUAUGUAUGGUUGUUUAAUAAUUGUUUAUUGUUAAUUGUUAUAGCGAAAUUCAUCAAGUGGCCUGGCAGUUUCCUUUCGCCCACCACCCUUUAAAGACGUCUGGGCCCAAAGCAGAAGCAGUAAGAGGUCAGCUGUGUUGACAAACAUUUUGUCAUAAUGCACACAGUCAUGGCUAAUAAUACUUGUGAAGGCAUGGAUGAAGUCGGACUGCUCCGGUACGUCAUAAUCAACCUAGUCUUCUUCAUCGGGGUUGCCGGCAACCUGGCCGCCCUGUGGAUCCUUUACAAAUCGGCCAAGACCAGAAACAAAAAGCACGUUUUAUUGUUAAGGUGCCUAGCAGUCAACGAUUUAGUGGCUGAAGUUGGUAUGUUUUCCAUUAUAACUCUACAAAAAUACAAGUUGAUUCCCGUGUAUUGGAUUUGUGUUGGUUUUGUGUUACUUCGUGCUUUUGGAAUCGGAUCGGGAUGUGUUGCUUUUGUGAUGGCCCUCGAGCGAUGGUUGGCCCUUACAAGACCUUUCUAUUAUCAACAGCUAGUCACUUACCGAAUUUUAAAAAUAUUUGUAUUCUCUUUGUGGUCCGGAGGAGCCUUAUUAACUUACCUUCCCCUUCUUGGUUUCGGAUUGUACUACAACGGUAAAUGUUGCAGAUACAGAGACGCAACAGAACUUCGAGAUCAAAUAUAUGCUUACAUGUUCUUGGUUUUCGGUACUGCGUUAUGCUUGUGCAUAGCAUUUUGCAAUUUAACUGUUAUAUGGGAGUUAUCAAAAAUCCGUCCACAUGGCCGUGUUUUAAUGAGGAGGGUUAGCAGGUCGACAAUGAACAGCCGUGUUAUGGCUGCAAAAUAUCAAACCCCCGAAGAAAUAGCUUUUGCAAAAUUGAUGGCAAUUAUUUGUAUCAUAUUUGUAGUUUGCUGGGCUCCUCAAAUGAUCUCAAUUCCAUUAGCCCAGUUUUGGAAAGGUUCAACUUUUGAUGGGAUAUUUGCAAAAAUGGCAAAUUUUCUCAUGUGUACUUACUUUACUUUGGACCCGUACGUUUACGUGUUGCAGCGUUACAUCGAAAAAAAGAAAAUAGCGCUGGGUUGUUGCUGGCCGCGCCGAUCCACGGGUAGUAUCACCACUUCUUCAAUAACAGCAGGAACGCCCACUUCCGUACUUCUGAAUCCUCCUUCCUUUACUAGUCCUUCCAUUAUGUAAAUUUUAACCUUUUUACAAGUAUUUAUUGGUUUCUUCAAGAUAUUUCUUAAUUAUACCACUUAUCUACGUUGUUUAGUACGUAUAUAGGAGUCUUUGUUUAGAAAAUUACUUGACCCAAAUCUCGCUUGAUGAAUGACUCAGAUAAGACAGCAUUGCAUGUUGAUUCAAAAUUUAUCUACCAGUAGGGCAGAUGGUAUUACGAAUACACUUUAUAAAGCGAACACUUCAAGGAAUAUCGAGUGGUUUUCCAGGUUGAGUUAACAAAAGUUGAAAGCACAAUUUUUUGUGUUCAGAAUAUAUGACAAAUGUGAUAGCUAGGAGUCGUAACAUAAGCAGCGUUAAAACCUGCUUUGAGAUUUUAACAUGGCUUGACUUGUGUAUUAAAACUUCUAGUGUAAAAUAAAACGAAAUUAACGGAGAUUGUUCUUGGAAUUUUCUGAUCAUUUCACUUCAUAAAAUAUUUGUUUUAUCAGUACCGACUUCUCCCUUUAGUCCAAAGCGUUUUACUUACACUGCAUGUAUUGUUUAACUAAUUUACAUAGUUCGUGCGUUUAAAGCGUUUACAUAUAUUCGUUAUCAAAGUUAAGCGAAAAUGUAUAUCUGUUGUUUUUUUUAUAGAAGAAAACGUCACAUCGCUUCCGGCCGUUUUGCAAAGCGAACAAGACGAAAAGAAUCUGUAUGUAGAUAGAUACUUAUAAAGUAUAGUAUGUACACAUACGCUAGUAUAAUGUAUACUUAUUAACCAAAGACUCUUGUGCAUGACUAAUUUCAAUGGAUAUUUUAUAUGUUCUUUGUCGUCAUAUCUAUUUAUAAUAAGAAACAUUGCAAUAUUUUCACAGUGUCUGGAGAAUAUUUAAAAAUACUGUAUUUUGUGUGUAAGAACGUUCUUAUAAUUAUUGUAGUUUUGUUGUCUUUAUUUUGUUAAUCUACACGUCUGUACUUUAGCCAUUCUAACUUCUAUGCAUUUGGCUCUGAUAGGUGGCCACCUCUGUGUAGGUAUAAAGACGUAACUGUUUGUAAAUAUAUGGUAAACUGGUGCUAACAGAUUGUUAGAGGACUAGUUGACUGUGUAUGUAAAAUUGUUUUUGGAGACAAGAACACGGUAUUGUAUUUUUGUUAUAUUGAAAUAACAGACUGAUAUUAUUUUUGUGAUAUGAGUGUAUAUAAGAUUAGCUCUUAUAAAAUAUUAACAGAA